AUGCGGACUGAGAGAGGGAGAGAGUUGGAAAAGAUGGAGCAUAGAUGUGUAGAGUGUGGAUUUCCGAUCAAAACUCUUUUCGUCCAAUACUCACCGGGAAAUAUUCGACUCAUGAGAUGUGAGAAUUGCAAAGCAGUCGCAGACGAGUACAUCGAAUGUGAAUUCAUGGCUGAUGCUGAACACAUUGAUUCGAAUCUCCAGCAGCCAGAGAUCUCCAACGUCAUAGAGUAG